UUUUGUUUUUGUAGGAAAUAUGGACAAACACUCUAAAAUAAGAAAGGAUAUGUCCAAUACAUUGUAUCGUUGUUUAUGUUAUAUGAAGAGCCCACUUAAAACAAUUUUAGAAUUUUGAAGAGACAAAAUACUUAUGAUAAAUUAAUCGGUUGGAGUGGUACAUGUAUAUGAGAAUGUAAUGCACUUACAGAAAAAAAAAAUCAGCAAUACGUAAACCAGAUUCAAGGAAAAUCUAAUGAUUUCAGAAAUAGAGAUGCCGACUACAUGUACAGUAUCAUUUUAUCCUCUAAAACUGAUUCUGUUAAUUUCAGAUAUCAUUUAUCAUUUAUUAAAUUGUUUCUAAACAUUUCUUUUAUUUUUAAAAGUAUUUAUUUAUUGCAAAAUGAUUUAAGAGCAUAAAAAUUUCGCCUGCCUCUCCCUCUCUCCUCUUUUCCCUAAAAUGAUGUGGACGUUUUUGCGUACAAACGUACGCCUGGCUACGCACCUGCAUGAACUGAUGGAAGUGGAAUUGCUGUGACAGUGGGAUCGGUUAUCAUUGUUAGAUAUGGGCGAGGAUCUAGUGUGGUGGAUCACAUUUAGUUUGACCCUAUUGUGUAAGGAUAUUUUUGCUUCGUGCCCGAUUUUUGCUGCCCCAGUUAUCAACAUUACAGUCGUGGAGGGUAAAACCGCCAAAUUGCCAUGUUCGGUUCAGUCUCUUGGAGAAUAUCAGGUCUUUUGGGCGGAUAAAUUUUCAACAAUAUUGACUCUUGAUGAAAAGCGAGUCAUUGAUGACGAGAGAAUGGAAAUUUAUAGACCUUAUACCUCAGAUUGGAAUCUAUUAAUUCGGGACGUCAAAGUAGAAGAUAGCGGGUGCUAUACUUGUCGAAUCAACACCAUUCAAGUAGUUAAAACUAAGCCCGUGGAGCUUAACGUUUUAGUCCCUCCACGAAUUCUAAACAAAAAUGAAAUCUGGAAAAAGAAAGAGAUCUUAACAAAAGUAGGAGAGACUGUCAACAUAACCUGCAUCGUCUCGGGAAUUCCCACGCCGAGAGUGAAGUGGUACAGGCACCCUUUAAAAAACACAGUGGAAGGUAUAGUAAAUGUGACAUCAGAGAUAAAACGGCAGGGAAGCGGAGAAAGAGAGUCAUGCAUUUACACGGUGGAGAAACCAGAUAUUGGAAUGGAGGGUGAAAUCCUUGUGAUACAUAAAAUCAGUCGGUACUGUGACGGAAUCUACCAGUGCGUGGCCUCCAAUGGUGUACCUCCAGCCGCAGAAAUGGAAACCGCCGUUAUUGUAGAAUAGGGUUUUGGUGCAAAGAUCUAGGAUUGGCAGAUCAUUUAGCCUCAUCCUCUGUGUGAUUUUGCUUAUGGAAGGGGAUGUCAAAGCAGACAAGGGCCUCUAUACGAGAGAAAAAGGACUGCUGAUAGAAUAUUAUAUCAUUUUAGUCUUCGUCAUCUGACAUCUUAGAUAUUGUCUGUCUACUACUGGUUUACCAACCUUGAUGUCUCUGGUUGAAAGUAAUCCAUGGUGACAAAUCUAGAAUCCAGAACUACAAGUACAAUAUCUCCAGAUAAGCCACAGUCACAGCCGAAUGCUGAAACAUCAACUCAGUAUACACCGAUGUCGAAAGGAUCUAUUCACAAUCAAGAUUUGGGUUUGAAAUAGCAUUCUUUGAUUAAAAAGCAUCCUUAUAU